GAAGCGGCGCUAUCUCUCCACCGUUCCACACAAAUAAAUGCACAGAUUAGCCAAAACGACAUACAAUGGGAAGUAUAUACAGUAGGUACGUGCUACAUUACAUACAGAGAGAGGGCAUCGAUGGGCUGCAGUAAAAAUGACACAGCGGCGCAUGCAAGUGACGCUGCAAGGAACCCGGCGGAUUAUAGGACCCGUGGAUCCAAGCGAAGGCCAAUCGCCAAAGUUCGGGUUUGCCGUGUGCAGCGGGCAGCGUGAGACAAAGCACGCGUGGGGGCGAGCUCGCUCGCUCGCGUGCUCGCUACCGUCUCCACCUUCGCCAGUGGAUUCCGGGUCGUGAAGACAUGGGACACGUCUGAGGUCAGCAGCCGGCGGUCCUGGCUCACGCGUAGCCGGGCAGGCGAGACCGGACGAACGUUUGGCGUGUGCGCGCUGACGGACACGUCCGACCGGGACACCCCGUUGAUAAGAGGAGCUUCGGCGCUUAUUUGGUUCCUGUAACACCCAGAACACUGCAAACGCCAGCUGGUCCAGUUCAUAUCGAUGCUGGUGGAGGCUCAAUUAUACUCUUCCCACCAACUCCGCCUGUGCCAAGCCCACCUUUCCUCCUGCCAUGGCGAUGAGCAGUGAGCCUGGCAUCGAGAGGCUGGAGUCCAGUUCUGAAGAACAGAGCACCAGUCUCACAGACAUCCUGGCCGCCAUGUCCACAGAAGAUCUGGGUGGUUCUGUGAGGAAUGGACGUGCAAAGGUGGACAGGGAUCAGCCCAAAAGGACUCAACCAUCACGUCCUCAGUUGUCUGGGAGGAAGUUCUCUCUACAGGAGAGAGGCACUUACCUCUCCUCCGGAGGGGGCUACACACACGUCUCCCCUCGGGUGGCUCGAAGGCCCACGGUGGAGUCGAAACGUGUGUCCAUAUCAGACUCUCAGGAUUGUAUCCAGUUGAACCAGUAUAAGUUGAAGAGUGAAAUUGGAAAGGGUUCCUAUGGUGUGGUCAAACUUGCAUACAAUGAGGAUGACGACAAACAUUAUGCCAUGAAAGUGGUAUCCAAGAAGAAGUUAAUGAAGCAGUGUGGUUUCCCACGUCGUCCACCCCCAAGAGGACCCAAAGCAGUCCAAGGAGAGCAGUCCAAAUUCUUGGGACCACUGGAAAGAGUCUACCAAGAGAUUGCCAUCCUCAAAAAACUUGAUCAUGUCAACAUUGUUAAACUAGUGGAGGUGCUGGAUGAUCCUUCAGAGGAUAACCUUCACAUGGUAUUCGAGCUGAUGCGUAAAGGGCCAGUGAUGGAAGUCCCCACAGACAAUCCUUUGUCAGGGGAGCAGGCAAGGUUAUACUUCCGAGACGUCAUCCUUGGCAUAGAGUACUUGCACUACCAGAAAAUUGUACACCGGGACAUCAAGCCUUCGAAUUUGUUACUGGGGGACGACGGCCAUGUAAAGAUUGCAGAUUUUGGAGUGAGCAACCAGUUUGAGGGCAAAGACGCUUUGCUGUCCGGCACAGCUGGUACUCCUGCAUUCAUGGCGCCCGAGACCUUGUCAGACAAACGCAAGAGCUUCAGUGGAAAAGCACUGGAUGUUUGGGCCAUGGGAGUCACUCUCUACUGUUUCAUCUUUGGAAAGUGCCCAUUCAUAGACGAGUACAUAUUGGCUCUGCACAAUAAGAUAAGGACGAAACCUGUGGAUUUCCCAGAAAUACCAAAAAUGAAUGAGGAGUUGCGGACUCUGAUCUUGCGAAUGUUGGACAAGAACCCAGACUCCCGAAUCACCAUCUCUGCGAUCAAGGUGGACCAAUGGGUGACUCAGGGGGGCACUGACCCCCUGCCUCUGGAGGAGGAGCACUGCUCUGUGGUGGAGGUGACAGAAGAAGACAUCAAGAACUCAGUCAAGUUUGUUCCCAGCCUUUCUGCUGUGAUCUUGGUAAAAGCCAUGUUGAGGAAACGCUCCUUCAGCAAUCCAUUUGAGUGCCCGAGUCGGAGGGAGGAGAGGUCUAUGUCUGCACCCAGCAGCCUGCUCAUGGACUCUUGGCCUUGCCGGCCAUCUUUAAAACUGCACCCAUCACUCAGAAAGAGCAGCACAGGUGACGGACCCAGGGAAGGAGAGCUCGAGGACCUGCGUGAAGAUGAACCCUCCUCUUGAGUCUUAAUGAUGCUUGUUUUAGUUCAACUUCUUUUCCACUUCUUCUGCUUCAACCAUUGUGCGCUUGUCACUUCAUGUUCUACACAGCAAACGGGCAUGGGAAUUCAAUUUUUGCUUUUUAUACUCGGACUCGCUUUUGUUUGCACUUCGCGUUGGCCUCAGAGUAACACUAUUCCACCCAUUUCUUCUUUGUAUGUUGGUCUGUUCUGGGGAAAAGUCAAAGACUGGACCAGGACUUCUAGUUGAACACCAUGUUGGACUGGAGUUUUUUUUUUUUUUUUUUUAAUGCAUCAAGUGCUGUGUACAGCUCUAGGAAAAAAAAAAAAAACAAUACCACUGCAAAUGUAUCAGUUUCUCUGGUUUUGCCAUGUAUUUUUUAAAAUUAAAAUUUUUGUUUUAGUCUAUAAACUACUGAUGAUAUAACCCCCAAUUAGUCAAAACAAAUACUGUCAUUUAGAGCAUUUAUUUGCAGAAAAUGCAAACUGGUCAAAAUAUGUUCUUUUUUGUGUUUGUCUUCUAAUUUUUUCCAGAGCUGUAUAUUGUCUUAAAGAGGACUACAGGGCUUUUUAAUUUCUGACCUAUGAUGGGUUACUUUAUUAUUGUGCAAAGAUGUCUGAAGGUCUUAUUGAGGUUAUUCCCACUAUCCUCCUAUCAUAUUUUUGGCAUUUCUAUAUUGCCUUCACUGCCCUUUCGCCGGCACGGUGACCGACAGGUUAGCGCAUCUGCCUCACACGUGUGAGGACCGGGGUUCAAAUCCCGGCCCCGCCUGUGUGGAGUUUGCAUGUUCUCCCCGUGCCUGCGUGACUUUUCUACGGGCAAUGCGGUUUCCUCCCACAUCCCAAAACAUGCGUGGUAGGUUAAUUGACAAGUCUAAAUUGCCCGUAGGUGCGAAUGGUUGUUUGUUUGUAUGUGCCCUGCGAUUGGCUGGCGACCGGUUCAGGGUGUACCCCGCCUCCCGCCCGAAGAUAGCUGGGAUGGGCUCCGGCACGCCCGCGACCCGCGUGAGGAGAAGCGGCUCAGAAACUGGAUGUAACAUACUUCAGACUUAGCAUGUGGACAAUGACAAACGUUAUGCAUAGUUUUGGCAUCAUACACCAGCGUCGCUCCGUCUCUCGGCUGGGCCGGGGACGCUUCGGGAUCCCCCCCGGAAGAGCUACCGCCCCCGCGACCCGACCUUGGAUAAGCGCUAGAAAAUGGAUGGAUGGACACCAGCAUCACUGAUUUGAAAUGAAACAAUCAAGAUGAAGUUAACCGGAGACUUCUACAGAAAUAUUCCAUUGGCCAUUGAGGAAUUACAGAUUUAUGCAGAGUCCCUCAAUUUGCAUUUUAAUACUUGAACAAAAAUCAUUUCCAGUCAAUGAGCGCUUGAGAUCUGGAGCAUAUUUGCGGUUCACUACUCUUGGAUUCACCUUUUUGCUGUUUUUGUACUGAUGCCUAACCUGUGUCUAAUAUAAAAGUAUUACUUUGGUGCCAUUUUGUGGCAUAUUUGUGCUAAGGAACAAGGUUGAAGUGAGUCGAAGAGCUUCAUGCAGUGUGUUACCGCCAUCUUGGUGCCAAAGAACUAUGUUGUGAGUUGAAGAGCUUCAUGGAGAGUGUUGCCCCCAUCUUGUGGCGUCUUGGUUCCUAGGAACUAUGUUGAAGUGAGUUGAAGAGCUGCGUGUAGUGCUCUGGGGCCAUCUUGAUGUCAAGGAACUAUGUUAAAGUGAGUUGAGCUUCAUGUAGUGCUUUGGUACCAUCUUGAUGCUGAGGAACUAUGUUGAAGUAAGUUAAAGAGAUUCAUUGAAUGCUUUGGCGCCAUCGUGAUACUAAGGAACUAUGUCAAAGUGAGUUGAAGAGCUUCAUGUAGUGCUUUGCCACCAUCUUGAGGCAUCCGUAGGCAGUUGUAAACCUUCUCAAUGACUGGAUUUUCAGUGUUCUGGCCCGGGAGAACACUGUAUACUUGAAAAUCCACCUUGUUCUAGUACCCAUGGCAGCAGUCACAGUGACCUCCUUCCAUUUGUCGUCCUCCAGCAUGUGUAACACGUGAUGCGGUGUGCUUUGGCUCACGAGCUGUUACUUUCAUUCUCAUUUCCCCCCGAAAUCUGCUUCUGCAGGCCAAGUCUUAGUUUGGCUGUCUUUGUUGUAGACACGCUGCAUUUGCAUUCGUGACGGUGUCUCCGAGUUGGAGAUUGUGACAAUGAUACGGCGACCUUCUCCACUUCACUCGUCUCCUGUCGGCUUCCAGGCCUUUAAAUGUUGCGCUCAUUAGUGCUUAAUUUUAAAGAACGUACCCGAGCGUGGUUUGUUUGUUUCACCGCACAAUGAUAGCAUCCUCACCCGAACGUUUGAGCCCUCGAAAAUUGAAUUACUCUGCAUAACAUGGCUGGAAGUGAUGUAAAUCAUCCCAUCUAAAUCACAUAUAAGAUUGUCAGUUGUAUUCUGAUGUUGAAUUAAUUGCAGGUUUUUUUUGGUUUUGUUUUGUUCCAUUGGCUGCUUGCUUACCAAAGAGAUCCGUUGAGCCGCACCGACGAGGUGCGUUUCAAUGUCACGGUGAGACCUCGUCUGCCGACAACAGCGCGGCGAUGUUCUCCUUCUGCAGUAUGUGGCUGAUUAGAAAGGGGGGGGGGCGCUUGCUGCACUUUUGCAUGCCCUCGAUUUGGUCUCACCUUCCGGGUCCUCCAGUACGAGAUGAUGAGGGCAAAUUGGCAGAAUGGGCAUUGGAAGGUAUUUGGCAUACUGCUUAUUAGGCCGAUUCAGAAUUCCCGGAACCGUGAAUGCUGCUGACAGCCUGGCCUCUAUUAUAUCAAGGGAGAAUGUUACUUCUGUUUUGAAAGUGUUGGCAAAUUAGCUAUUUAUUAGUCAUAUCUUAAUGUCCAAUUAUCAAAAAAUGUGUCGGCAUUGCACAGUUGAAAUAUUCUGUUGUGUAUUGUUUCUCGCUGCUGUAUCUUGAAGUACUGAGGAGGGGAACUUUGAAUGAAGGGCUUUUUUUUUUUUUUGUAAAACAUUCAAUGUAAACUCUGGUGGUGUUUUUUUUUUUUUUUUUACGUGUGUGUUUGUGCAGCUAACUUUUUGUCCGACCACUGAGGCUGGUCAUCACGUGAUCUGUGCUUUGGUCAUCCACCUUGAAAGGUAACCCACUGCUUGCACUUUACAUUACUCCAUUUACUGUAAAUACGUGAUUUUUUUAUAUGACAGACUUGCUACACUCCGCAAUACGUGUGCAAGACUAAUAGUCAUAGUGUGCAUCCCCUUUAAAAGACAAUAGAUGCUUUACUCCUGGAUAUGUAUUUGCAUUUAACUAAUAUUUAAACAUUUUGAGUUGUAAAAGCAGCUGUACUUUGUACAGUCAUAAACUACAGAUGCGCUUUCUUUCACUUACUGUACCUGAUGUGCAUAAGCUGCAAACUUUUCAUUCUUAUGUGAAGCAUGUGUCUUAACUCAAUAUGUACUAGAAGAGGCCCCGGAAAAAGGUCAACGAGUAAUCACUUUAUUUAUUCUCCAGCUCCAGAUAAAUAAGUAACUUGCACGUUUGCUUUUCUGUACAUUCUUAAUGGGAGUUGUAAUACUUGCGUGGAUGGUACUCUUAUGCAUGUUAUUCAAGAUUUUACCCAGCAGCAUUUUAUGCAUACACUUUAAUGUAUUCUUACCUGGAAAAUGUCAAAUGACCUGGAUUGCGGAGACUAAAGCGGUGCUUUCGAAAGAGAAAUAAAAAACACGGGUGCCGUAGUUGCGCUGGAACUGAUUUGGCGUAAACCAAUUGUAGGAGUAAUAUGAGCUUGCUGAUGUGUAUUUUAUUGUCCUAAUACAUGCUGGUCUAUUUUUCCAUGUUGCAUUGUUUUGUAUAUUUCUCCAUGUAUAGUGCUUAACACAUUUAUUCAGACCACUGUAUAAAAAAGAAAAAGAGACCAUCCGGCAUCAUGAAUUGCAUUAAUGUGGAUGGAUUUUUUUUUUUUUUUUUUACUGUUUUAAACAAGAAUAAUGAAUUUCAAACUGCAUUCAAAACUGCAAAAACUUGAAAUCUUAUAUUUGUACUGAAAACUAAUUUGACUACACUUAAAAUAAGACUCAUCACUGAAAAUUUAAGCUUUUUUUUUUUUUGCUUUUUUUUUUUUUUUACUUUAAAUAAGUAACGAAAGAAUUGCCAGUUAGGUUUUGGUUCUACUUAUUUCAAGCGAAAAAUUAGCUUGAAAAAGUGAAGAUUGUCUAAAAAAAAAAAAAAAAAAAAAAAAAUUACUUUUAAAUGAUGAGUCCUUUUAAGUGUAAUCAGAUAAGUUUUGACGAGAAAUAAGAUCUUCUCGGUAAGAUUUAGACUUUUUGCAGUGCACUGUAGAAAAUGGAUGGAUGGAAUCCAAAUUCACUGUUUACACCCAAAUUAGAUCUGGCUCACUGGGCUUCUCUGAGAAGUCGGAAAUGGUCAACCACUAAAAUGUUUUGUUUAGGAAUGCAAGGAAAUAUUUUUACACUUCGAUCAAGAAUAAAUAAAAUGUGCUUAAAAAUGUUAAAACAGCUUAAUCUGACAAUUUAUGAAGGCCUGAAAUUGAAGUAUAUCAUUUUGUUUAAAGAGCCUCUACAUGCUGGUUUGUUAACCAUUACACAAACCUGAAUGUUUUCAGUUUUUGUUAGCUGUGGCAUAAACGCUUGAUUGGGUGGUGGUCUAAUUGUGUUUGUUAGGCACUGUACGUAUGUUGCUCGGACGUAAACAGAAGCAUGUCUCACUCAUACGGUCACAUUGUAAAUAUCAAUGUAAACUAAGCUAUUUUUGCAUGCCUUUUUGUACCUCUUGAUUUGACAGACAAUAAAAAUGAGACAGAAUCCAAA